UAUGUUUUAGACUUGCUCCUUGUUUUGCUAAUGCCAACAAUUUCAAUAUUUCUGCAUUUUUUGAGCACCUAAAUGCCGCAGAUGAAGAUCAAAAUUAUUUAAAUUAGUUUCUCCUCUCAACGUGCUGUUGGUGCCCCGAAAAAUGGAUAAAUAUUGUCGAGUUUGUGCCCGUUCGGACGAGUUCAAAAGAUUUCCACUUGAGACCGUUUCCCAAAUCAGCGAUGUCCGUAUAGAUGAUAUGCUCAUCUAUUGCACACAAUUAGAGAUCGUUAUCGCGGACAGUCUACCGCAACAAAUAUGUGCCGACUGUUUUACUGCGCUAAAUUCUGCAUUCACGCUUCGGAAAUUGUGUUUUCACUCGGACAAUAAUUUUCGAAGAAUGAUAGAAGAUAUUGCAUGUGAACAGCAGCAAGACCAGGCCAGUUUUGCCGAUGAUCCGAUCGAUUCACUAGAAAUACCGUCGAACAUCUUCGAUGAUAUAUGCAUUAAACAAGAAGUCAUGCCUACCGAGGAGUUUUUCGUUUCUUUAGUAGCCGACGCUCAGCUGGAAGAUAUACCUAAGCUUGCACAGACAGAGUUUGUUGCGCGGAGGACAAAGAAACGCGUAUUCGUUUGCAACUGCAGUUACUCGACAAGUAAUCGAUUCAACUUCAACCGGCACCAGAGAACUAUGCAUCACUCUGGAAGUCAAGAAUUUGUGGUUCCGAAACCUGUUCAAACAAUGCAACGAAAGCGCAAACUGAAGAUAAACGGGAUCAUACAGUACACUGCAAAAUUCGUCUGCGAAGACUGCGGGUACCAGAACAACAAUCAGUUCAAUUUUAAACGUCAUCUUUUAUCCGGAAAACAUUUGAAAAAUACUUAUUUGCGGUUGAAUCAGGGCACCGCCAAGUUGCAUUUCCAGUGUGAUUUUUGCGGGAAAAGCAGUCAAAGAAGGCACUCAGAGUGCAAGAAACUGCGAUACUUUGACGAAGGAGUUCCCCCUGAUUGCUUCGGUUUUAUUCCACAACGAGUGAUAAAGGACACACUUGAAAUAGCCAAACUAACAAAGGAAGAUGGAAUGCCUAUAUUUACUUCCGAUUACGUUCUGGAUCAGUCUAACAAUGUAGGAAGUAAUCGGCCACCCCUCAAACUGAUCGAAUUAGUAAUCGAUUUUGUGCAUUGCUACGCAAUAUCUAUGCAAGGCUACCGGUGCUGUAAAUGCAGCCUUUUUUUCUCGACCCCAGGUGCUUUGAAAAUUCACCGGAAUUCAAAGCAUCCUGUACGACGAACUUCAAGCGAUUCGAUCAAUCAGUGCGGUAAAUGUUAUCAACCUUUUCUCGGCGAAGAUAGUUUCCGAUAUCACAAACAACUUGAACAAUCGAAAUGGUUAAUAUUUUGUAUUGCUUGCCAAGUUAUGAUAGUCAGUAACACCGCCUGGAACGCUCACAGUCAUUUUCAUCAUGGCAAAAAGACAUCGUUUGGCAGCUUUGAGAUGAUAGUUGUUGGUGAGAAAUUCAGAUGCUGCAGCUGCGAUUCUAUUCUGGACAGUCAAGAGGCACUAGAAACACAUCAAACGGAGGUACACUUUCCCGACUGGCAAAAUAGUCUCGAUUCGUUAGAGCUGCACGAGUGUGAGAAGUGUUUCAAACAAUUCGCAACCGUCAAACAAUUGGCUAGUCAUGUCGAGCUGAGAAUGUCCAGAAGAUUUUUCCGUUGUUUGACUCGCGGCUGCCAAAUGGAAUUUAAAAACGAACAGGAAGCCGUACUUCACACCAAUAACUGCUUUAAAUUAGAGCCAGCGGAUGAUGUAAAAGAUUUGACGAUUCGCUGUUGUUUCACCGCUUGCCUGGAAGAGUUUACAACGAAAACUGCACUUAAAAGUCAUAUCGAAAGUAAUCACAGCCAUCAGAUAGUACACAAAGUUCCUUCCUCAGCGAAGUAUGCAUGCAAUCGGUGUGACAUGCCAGCGGAAACCGAUGAACCAAAUGAAGGGCAUGCGUUUUCGGCAUUACAACCAGAUACCCACGAGAAUGCGCAGCUGGAAACCGAAUUUGUUACACCCGAUGUACUAGAUUUAGAAAGUCCCACAGAAAAGCAGAGUGACCAGCACAAGCAGGUUGAAGACAUAUUAGCGACAGAAGACGAACAUCAACUUGCGAAACAAUACAAGUGCAUUAAAUGUGACAAAUGUUGCAAAACUGCGGCCGCUCUCAAACUCCACGCACUGACUCACUCCAAAUACAAAUUUAUUUGUAGAAUCUGCGGGAAACGCUACAGAGAGAAAGGCACUUUACUCAAACAUCAAAGCCUACAUAAUCGACUUCUCAAAUUCCAAUGUCCUCGUUGCCCAUUCCGGACCGGUUCGCAAGGAUUUCUACGGUUGCAUAUGCGUAAACUUCACCCGAAGCUGUGCCAACUUGAAGACCAUGGUGUCUAAAGUCAGGGCGAUAGAAGCUCACGAUAGCGUUUAUCAUUAUCACCGAAAAUAUUUCAACAAAUUAUCUCUCGGAGAAUUUCCCAUUUGAACCUGCUCGGGUUAAGGGAUAAAUUAACCGGUUGACUGAAUCGGUUCUACUAUGAGUUAUUCAAUGGUAAAAUUGAGAGACUCGAUUUGGAUCGAACGAGUGAAUAUCGGUUGAUCUAAACAAAGGAACCUUCGUAUUGAAUUCAAUCAACACCCUGAUUUUGUUUCGCAUGAAAAAAUCUAUUCGAACGAAAAUCCUACUCCUAUUUUAGAAUGAGUGUUCGAAUGUUUAAAUUGAUUCGAACUGAAACAGCAGAACCUACGCAUUUCCAUGGCUUUGGUACGAAUUUCAUUCGGGAUUCAAAAAUUCGGGACUUUGUAACAAAAUAUACAUUUGUUAACGAGGGGUUUUACACCAAUUCACCAAGUCGUUGGCAGCACCGCCUCUAUGUACAUGAUGUAAUACCAGGUCGGUGCAGAUUAGAUAUAUUAUAAAGUUUUCCAUUUUUAAUGUGUAUUUCAAAAACUGGAAUAAAUGGUGAAUCAAUGGUAAAUGUAAGAGACGACCUCUGUUCUUAUUUAAGGUCACAUUGAACAUUCGUACGGGAAGAUCGAUGCAAAAAAAAAAAAAAAAAAAAAAACAAUCAAAAUGGGUAUUCUUAAUUUCGAAAAUUAGUUUUUGGACGCAAUCAAGAAUAUUUUGCAUCAACAAUUAGAUACGAUGACAAUGAAGUUUCGAGAGAAUAUAUUAUAGUUCAUAUUAUGAAUAAAAAGAAACUGUAAUCAUUGAAUGA